AUGAAAUUGGCUACUUGGACAGCUGCUGGGCUCGGUCUAUGUCCACUUAUGGCGCGGGCUGAGAUCGAGCAACCUGAGUUGGAAGAAACCACGAAUUUCUGUAAAAUGAAUAAAGACUCGCUGGUAGGAGCCAGCUGCGAUGUUACUUUCAAGGAAAUCAACGAUAUCAACCAUAAAAUACGGCCAGAUUUACUAUCGCUGGUGCACAGCGAUUUUUUCAAAUACUUCAAACUCAACCUUUACAAGCAGUGUCCGUUCUGGAACGACAAUAAUGGGUAUUGCGUGAACCGUGCUUGUGCCGUUGACGUUAUCGAAGACUGGGACCAGCUGCCAGAAUACUGGCAACCGGAGGUCUUGGGUGGCUUUGCCAACGAGAGUGUGAGCGCAGAUAAAGUCCGCGACGACGAAUGCUCGUUUUUGGAUCAACUGUGCGACAACUCAUUAAACCAGAUGAGACAACGUGGUCCAGACAUCGAGUACUGCGACGUCGAAGACUUCCACAACGACCAGUCGGUUCUGGUGGAUCUCACUGUCAACCCUGAGCGUUUCACGGGCUACGGUGGCGAGCAGUCAUCGCAGAUCUGGUCGAGCGUCUACCGCGAGAACUGUUUUUCGAUCAACGAAACAGGCCAGUGUCUGGCCAAGGACGCUUUUUACCGAUUAGUGUCCGGUCUGCAUGCUUCCAUUGGAACUCAUCUUUCAAACGACCACUUGAAUACCGAGACCGCCAAAUGGGGCCCUAACUUGGAGCUUUUCAUGCUCCGCGUCGGUAAUUUCCCCGACAGAGUUGCAAACAUCUACUUCAACUAUGCCGUGGUAGCCAAGGCGCUGUGGAAAAUCCAGCCAUACCUUUCUCAUCUCGAAUUUUGCAAUGCAUACCACGAAGACGUCAAAUCCAUGAUUACUAGUGUGGUUUCAAAUCUAGACUCUAAGAUCUUUAACGAAAAUCUUCUCUUUCAUGACGACAUCAGCUCCAAGUUAAAAGACGACUUUAGAUCAAGAUUUAAGAAUGUUACCAAAAUUAUGGAUUGCGUUCACUGUGAUAGAUGCAGGCUUUGGGGUAAAGUGCAAACCACUGGGUACGCUACGAGUUUGAAAAUCCUCUUCGAAAUUGAUUCUGACGACGAAGAUGCCAAGCAAACCGUUGUUGACAAGUUGACGAAAUACGAGCUCAUCGCCUUAUUCAACACGUUCGACAGAUUGUCUAAGAGUAUCGAGUCUAUCAAUAACUUCGAGAAAAUGUACAACAACACUUUGUUGACCGCUGGCGAUAGAAUCCUAACGUUGUUCAAGGGUAACAACUUUUUCAAGCUCUUAAGUAAUGCAGGAAAAAGCUUAAGCUCUUCAUUGAAAGACAAAUCUAACGAAUCGGUGGCCUCCAAUAAGUCACAGGUUGAGGAUUUUGACUCGCCAAAACUUGACAAUGUCGAAUCAAACAUCAUUGACACAGAAGUUAAUGAUGUGAACGCCACUAAAGUCGAGCUACCUAAACAAGAGCUCAACCGCACGGAGGCCAAGUUUCUUGAGAAUGAGGACUUCAUUAAGGAGUCAAACGCCACGGAAUCGAAAUUUACUGAGAUCAACUCAGAUUUCAAAGAGCACACCACCUCCGAGAGCUCGGAUAGUGAGACACCGUCGCACAAAUUCAACGACAUUGUGAUGCCUUCAAAGAAAGCAUUUGUUGAAGAAGAAGUGACUAACAACACUCUUAGGAAUGCAUGGAACACGGAGAUUGGAAAUGUAAAGGACGCACUGCGCUUCAUUUUUACCAGCUACGUGGACUUCCCAAGGAAUGUUGCACGGGUGACUCUUUACAAGCUGAAUCAUCUGUGGAACUGGUUUGUCGGGGUUCCACUUAGUGUAAACGUCGAGUCUGAUGAACCAGCUUACGAGCUCAACGUUGAGUAA